AUAAUCGAUCAUAUAAAAAAGAGACAACAACAAAGAUCAAGAAUCUGGUUUUUGGUUUCGGUCCAAAAAAAAAAAAAAAAAAAACAAAGCAUUUGGUUUCUGGUUUUUGCACCGAAAUGGAUCAUGGCGGGAAUUCGUCACCAGACGAAGAUCGAAGCAUUCAUGAUUCAGAGAUCACCGAGAUGAGAUUGGACGUGGGAGAGAUAGGUUCCUCCGGGAAAAUUUUCCGACCAGAACCUGUCGGAGCUCAGAGCCCGGAACCUGUGGGACCUCCUACUUCUGCAGCGGCUGUUCCUGCGCCGGAGAAGAAACUUACCCUCUUCGCUUUACGACUUGCGGUUCUCGAAAAGUUCGCUACCCGUCUCGGAUCUCUGGGUUUUGUCUGGGCAACUGUCGUUCUUCUCGGCGGAUUCGCCAUAAGUUUAGACACGACAGAUUUCUGGAUCGUCAGCGUGAUUCUGGUGAUCGAAGGGGCUCGGAUCUUCAGCCGAAGCCAUGAGCUCGAGUUCCAGCAUCAGUCUACGUACACCAUAACCGGAAUCAACAGCUUCCGUUCUCUGAUAUCCAGUUCCAGGUUUCUUGUCAAACAAGUAAUCGAUUUUUUCCACCGGAAUCUCAACAUAGGGAGAGAUCGAACCGAGGGAAUGUCUCAAGAAACAGCCCGAGGACAGAUGAGUUCUGCAAUGCUGACACAUACAAGAACAUGGAAGAGUUCAGAUGUUCCGAUAUUACCAUACCCGGGCUGGAUCUUUGUCCCGAAGAACGUCAGCAAAGUCUUCUACUUCCUUCAGCUUCUGUCUGCUUCAACCUGUGUCAUUCUCUCGUUGAUGAAGCUUAUCAAGAGGAACUAUGGGGCCAACGGUCCGGAAAAGACGAAUCUUUACUCUGCACUCACCAUAUUUUACGCUCUGGCAUUUGCAGAAGCAUCGCUCUUCCUCGUCGAGAAAGCUUACUGGGAAUGGAAGGUAAGCGUCUCGAAGAUUCUGGAGAAUGUGAACGAAGAAUGCGGGCUCGAGAAAUUCGGAACGAUGGCGAUAAGGAGAUUCUUCUACGAUGCCUAUUCAAGGUGUAUCAAUGGCAGCAUUUUUGACGGGUUGAAAAUGGAUAUGGUGUCUUUCGCUAUGGAGCUCUUGGAAUCGAAUUCUCCGGAUGAACAGCUGAUCGGAGCCGAGAUCCUCUGCAGGUUCUCCAAGAACGAGGAUUACGCAUCCGAUACGUUGCAGAAGAUCGGGAUGAACUCGGAGACGAUAGAGAGGUUAUUAGAGAUCUUGAACUGGAAAAACCCGCAACAGGAAGAUAUCAGGCUGUUGGCUGCAGAGAUUCUGUCAAGAUUGGCGAGCAAGAAGAAGAAUUGCUUGAGAGUUGCGGGAAUUCCAGGUGCGAUCGAAUCGAUAUCUUCUCUUCUCGAAAGUACGAGAAUCUUGAGCGAAACCAUGGAUGAGAUCGGAGAAAGGAAGAUCAAUCACGGCGAGAGAAGCUACGAUUCAUGGAUGUUCAGCAAUAUUGGACUGCUUAUACUGAAAAGGCUAGCUCGGGACCACGACAACUGCGGAAAGAUUGGCAAGACGAGAGGGCUGAUUUCGAAGAUCAUCGAUUUCACUCACGCCGAAAAACGGGUUUUAGAGAAUCCGAAUCCCGCGGAAUCUCGAAUCUUGGCAGUGGAACGGUCCCUGAAGCUAAUAAAGAAGCUCGUGAGCUCGACAGGGACGACUGGUAAGAGCUUGAGGAGAGAUAUCUCGAGUGUCGUCUUCACUGUCUGCAACAUUCGGGAGAUACUCCGACAUGGAGAGAGACAUUCCGAUCUGCAGAAACUCGGGACGGAAAUCUUGACGUUCCUUUCGUUGGACGAAGGUGCAACCGAGAGAAUUGGUGGAACUGGCGGAAUUCUGAAAGAGCUUGUAUGCAUUUUCCUGAAAGAUGACAUUGCCGAGAAUCGAAGAGAUAUCAGAGUUUCUACAGGCGACGCCAUAGCCAUGCUCGCUCAAGGAAGCCGAAACAACUGCCACCAGAUUCUGAAGCUAAACGUUAUCCCGGGUCUCGUCCGAGCGUUGGAUAAGCCGAGGGUUCGGUCCAGUGCAGCGAGAAUCUUGCGGAAUCUCUGCGCAUAUACAGCUCCCGAGUUCCAUGAACAGCUCCAGGAGGUUAAAUCUGCCGGCGUAUGGGUAAGUUUUCAGGACAAGAUCCUGGAAGUAAUGGUGGGACUGGCACCGCAUAUUCUCAGGCUCAUGAGCUCGGAAGAAUCAAGAACCGCGUUCAAGAAUGCGAGCGUGAGCGAGGAAGAAGUGGCCGAGGAAUUGGUCAAGAUUCUCGAGAAGUAUAAAUAUCCAUCGUCAAGGGUCCCGAGAAUCAGGAGGUUCGCCAUAGAGCUGACCAUUCAGAUGAUGGAAACAAGCCCUGAGACCGUCAAGACUUUCCGAGAUCUCGGGAUGAAGACAGAACUUGAAACUGUCUCCGAGACUGCAACCGAGCUCGAGAACUUCGACAUUUUCUCGGGCACGGUUGGUAUCGCACGCCAUGGUUCGUCCAUCAAUGAACUCGUUGAAGCAGCCCUCCAGUUGCUGGCGACGAGAUAAGACAGAUCUCGUCUCUUAGAUCCGGACGACUUCUGGUCCGAAGGUUAUGUUUUCAGAUAAUUUCUUGUCAACAUCAUUUUUCUUCCCCCAUUGUUUUCAUGCAUAAGUUGGCCAAAUUUGUAUCCAAAAU